AAUGAAUUAUUCGAAUUAUGCUUAAUAUAGCAAUUCCUAAGAUCUCAUUAUUAAUACUUAAUAGAAAAAUUGUUAAUCAUUAGAAAAUAAAGACCAAAUUUCUGUUUAAAAAAACAAUGAAUAGCCAAUUUAUUAAAACCAUAUGGUAUAGCCAGUUAAUUAUCCUUGUUUAAGUUAUGAGAAUGAAUCUGUUUGUGGAGAUUAAUAAGAGCCAAAUCAUAUUAUACAUAAUGAAUAUUUAUAAUAAUAAUAGUAAUUGUAAGUUGCUUAAGAAUAAAAACCAUAUUAGUAAAUUAAAGUUGAUGAUAAUUAAACUUAAAACAUAUACACUGAUUAAUAGAUAGCCACUCCUUUCAUUUAAACUGAAAAUGUGAAUAAUGAAGAUAAGUUGAAUGAAAAAUGCCGAAGAGAUUUAAUAUCUAAAAUAAAUUGUUUCUGGAUAAUUUAAGAAAUUAUAUAAAUCAUUUUAUGUAUAAUCAAUAUGGCAAGUUACUCAUAUGAUAGUAUUUUUUUUGAUUAUUCUGCUGUGGAAUAUAGAUUAACUUUUUAUGUAUUCCUGAUUCUCACGUUUGGAUAUAUGAUUGUUAUUAGAUUCACUAAACGUUUAUGGGAUGUAAUUAAUUUAUAAUAAUAUUUUAGAAAUAAGGAUAUUAAGGAAUAAUUUACAUUAUUUACGCUAUUUUAUAUUCUUUUUUUAUUAGUGGUAUUGUUUCAUCAAGCCACAUAAGUUACAAUUAUGAAAAAAUCUACUUUUUGAUUGGAUUUCUUUAUUUUAUUGGAACAAUUGGAAUUUUGAUAAUGCUUAUUCAAUUUUAAGUUUAAAUUAAAUAUUUUAAAGAAGAAGAAAUGAAUUUAAAAGGUAAUAUUUUAACUAAUUUUAGAAUUCUUAAGAGGAAUUAUGGCUGGCCCACUUGGGGUUCUUUUUGUGAUUUCAGCCUUAUUUGGUAUUGAUUCAUUCACAAUAUUGCUGUUUUAUGAAAUAGUUUGGUCCUUUUUCUUCACACUCUUUUAUAUAUAUAGUUUGUUAUAAAUUUAUAGAGGAAAAGUACAAUUAAAUUAUGAUUUAUUUAGUUCAAGUUAAGAAAAGAUUAAUAUUUUGUUGGAGUAGUACUGACGUAUAUAAAUAUGUUAAUACCAUUUGUUCAUUGA